GCUUGUUGUUCGAACGAUGCUUCCCUCGCACCACUCGCUACUUUGUCGUGAACUAGGAUCAAGAAUGCAGCGACUGCGACAGCUACUGCUGCUUGGGUUGGCCUUACAGUAUUCUACGGCAGCCACGUGCAAGCCUGGCUACGGGGACGACCCCACGACUAGCACUGGCUGCACCAAGUGCAUCCAAGGGCUCUUCAGUGUCGGGGGCGACUCGGCAGGUUGCUUGCCCGUCACAUGUCCUGUGGGAUCGAUGGCGUUUGCAGGCGCUGUGAACCAGACGGAUUGUCAUCCUUGCGACCCAGGCCAAUUUAGCAUUGGUGGUCAGUCCAUAUGCCACCCUGCUGACUGCAGUCCAGGAUAUGAAAUGCCGCUCGGCUCCAACAACCCCAACGACUGCGUGCCAUGCACAGCUGGAACAUAUAGCACUGGCGCCACGUCCAUGUGCCAGCCCACGACGUGUUUACCCGGCUUUGCCUCAUCGGCGCUCAAGGCCACAGACCCCAUUGCCACGUGUAAAGCUUGUCCUGCCGGGUACUUUGGCACGGGCAACGACACCCAAUGCAAACCCAUGACGUGCGCCCCGGGGUCGGCGGGCGUUGCCACUGCCAACACACCAAAUAACUGUACCAAAUGUCCCGACGGUGCAGCUUCUAAUGGCGCCGCGGAAGCUUGCACUCCCUGUGACCCUGGAUUCUUUGCAGCCUCCGGUGACGCCGCGUGCCAACCAGCUACAUGUCCACCAGGAUGGCGCUCCAACGUGCCCUCCUCGGUGGCGUCGAAUUGCACUGGCUGCGCUGUCGGAACGUAUUCCACUGGGGGGUCGUCGACUUGCCACCCGGCUACAUGUGCCCCAGGGUACUUCGCCCCCGAAGGCUCCACCACCGCUGACAACUGUGAGUUGUGCCCUGCCGGCACGUAUUCCCCUGGCGGUGACGCCCACUGUAAGUCUACGUCUUGUGCCCAAGGGUUUGGGGCAGUAGCAGGGGCGAGCGACGGCGAGGCGAAUUGCGUCGCCUGCGAGCCCGGGUACUUCAGUCUCGGCCAAAAGUCGCCCUGCUUGCCCACAACAUGCAAGCCAGGUUUUGCGUCGGAUGUGCACGCCAACCAUUUGCCCGACGCCAUGUGCAGCCUUUGCCCCCAGGGCUAUUUCAGUGUCGGGGGCUCGGGUCAAUGCACGCCUGCCACGUGUCUGGGCGGCUUCAUGCUUCCCCAAGGAGCUUCCGACGGAAAUGCUAGCUGCGUGUUGUGUGCAGCUGGUCAAUUCAGUCCGGGGGGGACAAGUGCGUGCCAGCUCACCGCGUGUGAGGCCGGAUUCGCGGCCCCUGCUGGAGCGAGUAGUGCUACGGCCGAAUGUACACAGUGCCCUGGAGGCCACUAUAGUCCUGGUGGUGCCACGUCAUGUGCUGAUACUACCUGUACACCUGGCUCCAGCUCCCCUCCCGGCGCGUCGACGGCGACGGACAAGUGCACGCCGUGCGACCAGGGUUACUAUUCAAGUGGGGGCAGUGACACGUGUCACCCCACGCUGUGCCCGCCUGGCGCGGAGUCGGCAGAUGUCGGCGCGACUGAUGCGACCGCCUCGUGCCAUCGCUGCGAACUUGGGUACUUCAGUGAAGGCGGAUCCAAUCAGUGCAGGGAAUCCACAUGCCUACCUGGCUCUUCAGCGCUUCCAGGCGCGACAGACCCACUAGCGAAUUGCACCAUCUGCAACUCGGGUCGAUUCUGCGCUGGGGGUUCUGCCAUUCCCCAGGUCACCCACUGUCCGCCUGGCCAAGCCUCACCACGAAACGCGAGCGACGCAACCCUCAAUUGCUCCGAGUGUGCACAAGGCACGUUUAGCCCUGGGGGGUCUACCGCCUGUGCUCCUACCACUUGUCCUCCAGGAACGGCGGCCAACGUCGGUGCAGCUGAUGCGCUGGCUCAGUGUUCUCCGUGUCCUUUGGGAACAUUCUCACCUGGUGGAACUGCAGCUUGCAAUGGGCCCACCGCCUGCUUACCUGGUUUUGCUUCUACCAUUGGUGCAGCGACAGUCAACGGAUCGUGCAUCCAAUGCGGAGGCGGGUUCUUUAGCAUUGGUGGGGAUAGUUCGUGCAAUGCCACCGCUUGCGCACCGGGAUUUGGGUCUCCUCCAGGCGCCACCGACAGCACCGCGCAGUGCCGAGUGUGCGAGGAAGGGUUUUAUUCCCCAGGUCUCCAAAGUGACUGCCUCCCCAUGACAUGUGCCCCGGGGUCCGGCGCGAACGCCUCCGCUGCGACAUCCCCCACAAGCUCCUGCCUCGUGUGCAAGGCCGGGUCGUUCUCCCCCGGCGGGUCUGCCCCGUGCCUGCCAACCGCUUGCCCACCCGGCACCACCUCUCCCAAAGGUGCAGAUGUAGUCGACCGACAGUGUUCCUCGUGUUUGGCAGGCACGUACUCUCCUGGCGGGUCAGCGGCCUGCCGACCCGCGAGCUGCCCCACGGGAUUUUCGGCUCCCCCAGGCGCGUCAACUUCCAAAGACGACUGCGUGCGGUGUGCUGAGGGGUUUUAUUCCACGGGGGAGUCGACCAACUGCAUUCCGUGCGGGUGCGACCAAGGCUCGGCCUGUCUGUCGUCCAACUCGUCGUUGUGCUCGGCGUGUCCGAUCGGUUCAUUCAGCGCCGGCGGGUUCCAUCGCUGCCUACCGCCUCUCGACGUACUGUACUUUUUGUCUUUUAUAUUGCAUGAAAUAAACCAAUCUCGACGUGUAACUGUUCACUGGUGUAUUCUUCAUGGAAUGUAACCGCCGUUGGCUUGGGUAUGAUGUGCAUAGGCCACGUCGUACGUGCACGCGCUGCUGGAUUUAGACGGGUAUGCCGUCGCGUACUUCAACCAAACGCUCGUGGAGGCGGCGGUGGCCGCGGCGGCGACCUUUGCGGGCGUCCCCGUGCAGGUCGUGGAGCUGACAUCAUCGUCGACGUCGUCGUGGGAGGCAGGCGCGUGUCAGAUUCGCCUCGCGUUUGUCACGACCAACGCCACCACCGUCGCUCUGUACCAGAACUUGACCGAGUCGCUGGUUUCGACGGCGUUCACGGCCGCCUUGCAAUCCCACGGCCUGGGGCAGCUCAAAGCCGUCCAAAUGCAGCAACUAGCUGCUGUAAAGGACGGCGAAACACUCGACUAUAGCGCGCUCGUGCCAGCUGCUAUCAUUGGGACCAAUCGCACCAAUAGUUUGGUUCUUGUGGGCAUCGUGACAGCCGUCGUAGCGGUGCUCGUGGUCGCCGCGUUUGCAUUUCGCCUCGCCAAGUUCAACCAAACCCACGAAGCGGACGAUGGACUUGUCGGCACCACGCAUCGCCCGCCCAAAGAAGUGUUUAGUCGAGGCGCGUCCAAUAAAGAUGCACAAGCAGGCGGCGGCGGCAUCCCCCAACGUCCUUAUGUGUAGCCAAUGUAUAUAAUAUAAUCACGUUCUUUCAUUUG